CCAUGCAACUAUCGUAUGCCAGAAGUAUUUGUCGAUUUUAUACAAGGUGGCAAUAAUCUGGAAGGUUUGUAUGUUAAGCUUGAAGACGGCGAAAAACCAGAAUGGAAUUUGCUGUUAGCUAUCAUUCAUUCAAUAAAUACUCCAGCAAUUCCUGGUGGUGGCGACGAACAAAAUGUGGCAACACCGUAUGGAUUCUGUCACUAUAGGUUUUCAAAACCACGAGAUAAACGUUUCCGUCGUCAAAUGGAUCGUUGCACAUUUGAAGGGAUCAGUAAUCACAGUCUUUUGAGUGGAAUGACAUUACACAGUUACAAGCAAGACAUCAUGUAUUAUUUAUUGGCAUCAUCAAAUAUUGUUCAUCUGACAAUUGCAGGUACUGCUUCAGCUGCUCAGCGGAAUCUUUCAUACUCAAAAACACAGUUUGAUAGUGGCAUUUUUCAACGAAAUGAAUUUGCGUUAGAAAUUGGUACCAACAAACGACGUUUACCAUUAUUUGGUGUAAGUGUAUUUCUUUUUUUUUUUUUUUUUUUU